UCUUAAUAUAUUUACCAAAAAAAAUGACUGAUUGGGGUCCAGUGUUCAUCUCAGUCAUCCUGUUCAUAGUUCUAUCGCCGGGGGUCAUCUUUCAGCUGCCAGGCAGGAGCAGGAUAGUCGAGUUCAUCAAUUUCCAGACGAGCGGGGUAUCGAUAUUGGUUCAUUCGAUCAUAUACUUUGGUUUCAUUGCCAUAUUUCUGAUCGCCAUAAGAGUUCAUAUGUUUAUCGGCUCUUGACCGCAUGUUUCGUCUCAAGAGAAACUGUACGUGGUCGACGACCCCGGGCACAAGCGUCGUGAUUUGAGAAUUUUAUGCGUGUUCUUAUUUUUCUAUCUAUUUAUUUAUUUAUGUUUCGGUUGAAUUUGUUGUAUUAGCAUUUGAUGACUGUGUGGCACUAUAGCGUUGAUGUUAUAUGUUGAAAUUAAUGUGUGAAUGCGAUUGGCUCAUGUACGAUUCAUGUACGAUUUCUAUAGGAUUAA